UUGUUUGCGUUUCUGCUGCAUUCGCUAACUCGCCGGCAAGUGGAAUUCUUAUUACUAUUAUUGUUUUUGCAAAAUGCGUUGGCUUUAUGCCUGUUUUGUAAUCUUAUUGUGUGCGUUGAUCUUUUGCGAAUACGUUGCCGACUUUGUGGUAUUACAAAAGUGCAAAUGGCCCGAGAUACGACGCAAAAAAUAUGUGGACGAUCCGUUAAGGGCUAUGAUUAUUGCCGAUCCGCAUUUGUUGGGACCACAUCGCGGACACUGGUUGGAUAAGCUGUAUCGUGAGUGGCACAUGACACGUUCUUUCCAGGCAGCGUCUCGUUUGCUCCAGCCCGAUGUGGUCUUCGUGCUGGGCGAUCUAUUUGACGAGGGUGACAUGGUCAGUGAUAAGCAAUUCCAGGAGUACGUUUGGCGUUAUCUGCAGAUGUUUAAUCUGCCCGCUGGCAUACCGCUUAUCAGUGUGGUGGGCAAUCACGACGUUGGCUUCCACUACAAAAUGCAUCCGUUUUUCAUGUCGCGUUUCGAGAACUACCUAAACUAUUCCAAGGUUCAUCUUUACACUAUCAAACAAAUACAUUUUGUGGUUGUCAACUCCAUGGCCAUGGAGGGCGAUGGGUGUUUGUUCUGCGCGGAAGCGGAGUCCGCUCUCAAGAAUAUAUCAAGAACACUGCACUGCAUGCAACAUCCUCAUGAGGCGGAAUGUGCACGGACUCGUCGUCAUCCUUACAGUCAGCCCAUAGUCAUGCAACACUUUCCCACUUAUCGCAUAUCGGACCGGGUUUGUCGAGAACACGAUGCACCCCACAUUGAAACAUUCCGCGAACGCUAUCAUGUGCUAUCCAAAGAUGCCACCGAUAUGCUGGGCGAGCUUCUGAAGCCACGUCUGGCGUUCGCCGGGCAUUCUCAUUAUUAUUGCCAUAACAUCAAUCGGUUGGGCAUCGAUGAGUACACGGUAGCAUCGUUUAGCUGGCGCAACAAUGUCAAUCCCAGUUUCAUGCUGGCCACCAUUACGCCGGAUGAUUAUGCGGUAUUCAAGUGCAAAAUGUUGCCACAGCAGUUUGUCUUUAAUAGCUAUGUGAGUGCUGCAGUUGCCUGCCUAGUGUUAAUUGCAUUCCAGCUGCGAAAGUAUUUAGUGCGACGACGUCCAGCGACGGUAGCGGAGAAGAAGCACCACUAAGUGUAAUUAUAUGAACAUAAUGCUUGCUAAGUCCACACGGAAUAUACACACAUCGGGAGUCUGCCGACAAACAAAACAAAAAUGCCAAAGAAAUUAUACAAAUGGUUGAACUGGAUGCAAAGGAAAGACAAAUUAGGAUUCAAAACUAAAUAUAAACAUGAUGUACAUACAUUAUGAAUGUGAAACUAAACAAAAAAAAGGAUAUGCAGAUUCAUAGAUUCCUGUACCUUGUUACAAUGUGCGCGCCCAUUUUUUGUUCUUGCAAAAUCAAACUGCAAUUUGUACUACUAGACUAAAGAUAAAUUAAGAUACAACUACACUUACAACUACACUCGAUAAUAGGAAUAUAAUAUUUUGGCUAACUACUUGCUCUUCUUUUUUGUGUGGAAGUGAGGCGUAUUGUCUAUGAUUGACCAUUCAGCAGGUUCGUUUGCGCCUGCGCAUGAUGAUUGCGUCCCACGAAGCAUUCCUUUGGCAAACAUCUGUGCAACACUGGCGAUAUCAAAUCGGGAUCCAGUGAUUUCAGCUCUGUGGGUUUUGUGAACAGCGAGACAAUGGCACCAACCACAAUAACCGUAGCAACACCAAUGGGAUUGAUCCAAUGAUAUGAUAGUCGAUACAAUGGAAACACUUGCUCCUCAUCCACCCAAACGCUGUCGGGCAAUGUGACAUUCGCUGCACAGCUCUCCACGGACACUGGCAACUUCUGCGAAUUAAGUCCACCCGCUGCUAUGGUAAUUUGUGUGCCAAAUGAUAUCCAGCCCGCCAGCAAAGCGCCAGCAAUACCCCCUACUGCUGUCCCGAUAUUGUUGGCCCAUGGCACCAGCAUACCCAGCGUAAACAGACCAAACGUGGUGCCCGCAGCAAUGGCCGUCAUGGAGGUGCAGAUGCUCAGAAUGCCGCUCAACUGCUCGAGCACCAGGACCAGCGAGAGCGCCACCACGCCCAGCACAAUGAUGGACGUUUUCACAAGCACCGUGGAGGCGCGCUCGCUCGGCCGCAUCUUGAAGCAGCCGCGCACAAUAUCCUCCAGAAUGACCAGCGAUGUGGAGUUCAGCACCACGGAUAAUGAGCUCAACGCGGCGCCAAAGAUGCCCGCAAUAAAGAGACCAGCGAUGCCAGGAAUAUGCCCCACACUCUGCACCACAUACAGUGGCAACAGCUGAUCGUCGUGAGUGAUGAGGCCCGCGCUCAAUGGGUCACAAUCCUGAUACAUCUCAAAGAUCAGCAAUCCCACAUAGCAGCAAACGGA